UGGAGGGCCUGAUCUUGGGCAGAAAAUAUCCCUGACAUUUGAGGAGCUCCAGGGAUUUGCUGAGCAUGCGCAGUCCCUCCGCCUGCUAGAAAGAGGAAGCUAGUUUACAUAGGAGUCAUACCAAGCAUAGCCUGCAUGUCAGUGCAGUUAACUUGCAGCGGGCUGUAAGGAGAAGGAGCAUGUCUUUGUCCUAGGACUGCUGUCGCUCUUCCCGAUUGAUUCCCCCCUCCUUUCCACCACUUUGAAAGGAGACCUGCAAACAUUUUAAAGAGGAAUCGGGGGACACAAUAUACUACUUUGGACUCUCUCUCUGCUUCUAGUUCAAAAGGAAGGGGAUUCCUCCCUCCCUCCUCUCGCUUUUCCCUUUCCAACUUUCUCUUUUUAAAAAUAUUACUUUGUUUUGCCCAGUCAGAGGCUGGGCCUUGAGCUUGCGGAGCUUGGAAAAGAGCCAGCAGCCUUUGCCUGUGUUUUUUGUGGGGCGAAAAGCAAGCAAGCUGGUCUUCUUUGCUAGCCCACUAAAUGCUAUUUAUGAAGAUGGACCUGUUGAACUAUCAGUACUUGGACAAGAUGAACAACAAUAUUGGCAUUCUCCGCCAGUACGAAGGGGAAGCUGCUCUUAGAGGAGAGCCCAGGAUGCAGUCCCUGCCAGUAUCAGCGGCUGUAAACAACCAUAGGACAGGGCCACCACCCAUCAGUCCUUGCAAGAGGAAGUUCAGCAUGGACCAAGGCGAUGAUGACCUAGACUGUGAAAACGAGCAUGUCUCCAAAAUGAGUCGCAUAUUCAAUCCUCACUUAAUGAAGACUGCCAAUGGGGAUUACAGGAAAGAACACCGAGAGAGAAGUCGUAGUCCGAUAGACCGGGCUGUUGCGCCAACAAUGAGUCUUCAUUCUAAUCACAUAUAUGCCUCAAUCCCAAGCUUAACCAUGGAUCAACCUCUAGCACUGACCAAAAACAGCAUGGAUCCUACCCGGUCUGUAAGCCUCACUCCUACAAUGACAUCAGUGGAACGGCAGCAGAACCGUCCAUCUGUAAUCACUUGUGCCUCUGCAAGCAAUCGUAACUGUAACCUUUCUCACUGUCCAAUUGCACACAGUGGAUGUGGCACUGCUCUGCCAGCCAGUUAUCGGAGACCAUCUAGCAGUACCACUGCCUGCGAUCCAGUGGUGGAAGAGCACUUCCGCAGAAGCCUUGGCAAGAACUACAAGGAGCCAGAGCCAGUGACAAACUCUGUAUCUAUCACCGGCUCUGUGGACGACCACUUUGCCAAAGCACUUGGAGACACAUGGCUUCAGAUCAAAGCUGCGAAGGAUGGCGUAUCCAGCAGCCCCGAAUCUGCCUCCAGGAGGGGCCAAUCAUCUUCUCCCCCUUCCUCCCACAUGGUCAAUCAUAAUCAUUCACCUUCUGUCGUCUCAUGAAGAGAGGAUCACACACUUUUUAAAAAAUCCAAACGUGAAUUUGCAUGGUUUGAUUGAGCUUCGAACAGUGCUCACAUUUUUUUCAAUUUUUUUUAAAAAAAAUUUAAAAGUAUUUGGGAGGGAGAAUAGGAGAGAUUAGUUUUCAGCACACAUUUUGUGUGUAGCCUCCUUGGUUUUUAUUUUAUUUUAUUAUUAUACAUGUUCCCUUAAAAGAUGAUAGCAGGAACUAUUCAAUUAUGUAGCACUCUUACUUUCCUGCUUCAGUUACCAAAGAAACCUCUGAUGCAAAUCCGCUGCCCCCUUUUCUUUAACACACACAUACAAAAAAAGGAAAGACAGAAAAGACACCGAUGCAGGUUAAUGGGCAAAAGAGCAAAAAAGCCAUUCUGUACAGUUGGUUGACCCAAACGCCGUGUGCUUUGAUUAGCUUCUUGAAAGUAGAAAUUUGUCUGGUUUUUGAUGCUUCUGUUGCUUUCUUCUCCCUUUGUGAAGUAUCGUUUUAUGUAUAUACUUGAAAAUAACUGUUGUGUAUGAUUUGCACUAUUGGAGGAGGUCUAGAGUUGCAUAGCAACUUCACGCACGAUGCUUAUAUUCUGAGGGCAAACUGCUUAGGGGGGAAAACAAAGUCAAGAUGAUGAUGUGUCUGUCUCUCUUUCAAACAAAAUUUUAAAAAAGCAACAUUUGCCUAGGAAGGGGAAGUCUCAUACAGGUUAUAGGUCUUUCUCUCUUUAGUACUUGCAACUGGACUGCAUAAAUGACUGAUCCAUGGGCAUUUAAAUUUUGUUCACACUGCAGUUUGUUAGAAUAGAGCUGAGGUCAGAGGGUUCAAUAGUGCUAAAAAGAUGCAUGUUUUAUGGAAAAAAUAGCUGGUAUCUAUUAAUGUAUAGACAGUAAGAAAUAUAAUACUUAAUAGCCUUUGUUGAGAACUAGUUUAUAUAUUUUUUUCAGUAACAGUCGUAGAUAGACUUACUGCUGGUACAGUUGUACUCUGAUAUUUGUAUCUGAUGAUAUUCACUUUAGUAGCAGCCAGCAACCAUGGACAAUUGCCUCCGGUCAGGCCUCAAAUGGAGCGGUUUUAUUAGCUAUACAGUGCUGUGAGGUACAGGAUGCCCUAAUGGCUUUCAUGAUAAAAUAACCAGCUUACAUUUGCAGCAAAAACUGCUUAACGUAAAUCUACUUAGUGUUUGUUUUUAAUGUGUAAGCUAACUAAUUGCUAUCGGUAAAUAUUUUGUCUGAACAACAGAUUGUGAAAUGCAAUCCUUUUGAUUAUUGAGGCUGCUUAUAAAUCUAGGCCAAGGCACCAUACAUUCCACCAUUUAAGAAAGAAAAUCUUUUAUAAAGGUAUUACUUGCAUUUAAAUAAUUUGCUAUAUUAAUAGCCACUAACUAGGUAAUAAGAGGCAGGCAUAAAGAGCAAAUUUGUGUCAAUAGUCAUGAGCUUCUCAGCUUUUUGUUUCAUGCAGCAACAUGGCCCCUCCUUAUGAAUACCCCACACAUUCCAUCAUCCCCAGUACAGUUACAACUGGUAGACCUUUUAAUACUGGAUUACCUGAAAAGACUGGCUCUACUGAGAGAGUUUAUGAAUAGGGAAAAGACAAAGAUCCAUGUGAUGUAUUCUGGAGUGUGUUGCAGUAUUUGGGUCCACAAUUGCCUUUAUAUAUUUGGGGGAGGGGGUGUUGAUGCUAUUAAAGAUGAAAAAGGGGCAGGGUAGAAAAAAAAUCUGAAAAUGGUCAGUUUCCAUUUUAUUUUAUUUUUCAUAGUGAGUGUGGCUGCCAAAUUUUAAAAGCAGGAAACGAGUAACCGAAGCUCUUCCCUUGUCACUCCUUCACACAUUUCAUGUUUGUUGUUCUGGGGAGUCAAAUGCUCAGUCUCCUUUGGCAUUCACUGCCCUGCUCCCUCUAAGACAAUUGCAGAAAUACACACAACACACACACACAUUUUAAAUAGAUAACUUUAAGACCAUCAUUACGCUGUGCGUAAAGAAUGUACAGAGAAAUUUGUAGGUAUUUUUUGAGGAACAAUUAAUUUGUUAAUGAUAUGUAGCUAUUUAAUUUUUCCCUUUCCUUUAUUGUAAUCAUUCUUUCAAUCUCUCUCUUAUUUUUAUUUUUUUUUUGGUCUGGAGAAAAAAAGUUGAUCUUUUUUGUUUGUUUUGUAGAGAUGUCUGUAAUACAGUAAAAGUGCAGGAACACAGUUAUUCUAUAAGAACACUGCAUUAGCAAUUAAUAGCCACUAGUGUGUUGUUGCUACGGGCUACUGAGCAGUCUAACAGGAAAGUACUAAUGUCUGUAGAUGAACUCUGUGGGAGAUGUAACUCCUUGAACACUUCUUUUAAGCACAAUAUUACAAAGGCACAUUUACGUAUCUGUGAUAGGUAAAUGGGUCUGUGGUGAGCCAAACCACACAAGAUUCCGAAGCAAAUUAUAUAUCAAAGGGGGGGGGGGAUAUACUUCCUGAGCAUGCUUAGGGUGAUGAGUUCAGGGCAAGCUGUGCCCCAUAUACCAUAAGGUGGGUUGGGAGGGAAAAUACUGGUGGGAAAUGUAAUUAUUUUAUGAUAGCCAAAGGGCGUGGGAAUAGGAAGAGGGAUGUUAACCUCACUGUUACAUAAAGCAUUGGGGUUUUCUUUUCACAGAGCCACGGUAUCUACAGUUCUGCUUGAACAAUAGUCUUCAUGUUUGUAAAUCUGUAAUAUAUCAUUCUUUUGUGGCCUUGUUUCACCUGGCAAUUUUUUUUUAAACGGUUUGGCAGGCCAUCUUUUUUUUGUACUUAAAAGUAGCCUUAAUGAACAAUAAAGUGCUCUUAAAUCUCAUAAAUGUAA